UUCCCAGACGGCUUUGCGGCCUCGAAGGGCCUCCUCGCUUUCGAGCCACCGCCGCCGCGACCACUACCACGCGGCCUGCCAUGGCGGACGGAGCGCUGAGCGUCGGCGUCAACCUAGAGGCCUUCGCCCAGGCCAUCGCCGCCAUCCAGGCGCUGCGCUCCAGCGUCACCCGCGUCUUCGACUGCCUGAAGGACGGCCGGCGGAACAAGGAGGCCGCGGAGAGCCGCGAGAAGGGCUUCGUCCUCGCCUUCCAGGAGUGCCUCCACUCCGUCAACAGGGACCUCGGUGAAUUGGAACGUCUUAGUAAUCUUGUAGGCAAGCCAUCUGAAAACCAUCCUCUUCACAACAGUGGACUGUUGAGUUUAGAUCCUGUGCAGGACAAGACGCCUCUCUACAGUCAACUGCUUCAGGCCUAUAAAUGGUCAAACAAGCUGCAAUACCAUGCAGGGCUGGCAUCUGGUCUUCUGAAUCAGCAGUCUUUGAAACGAUCUGCCAACCAGAUGGGGGUAUCUGCCAAACGAAGGCCAAAGGCCCAGCCUACCACUCUGGUGCUGCCACCUCAGUAUGUUGAUGAUGUGAUCAGCCGUAUUGAUAGAAUGUUUCCAGAAAUGUCCAUCCACUUAUCCAGGCCAAAUGGGACUUCGGCAAUGUUGCUGGUUACCUUAGGAAAAGUGUUAAAAGUCAUUGUGGUGAUGCGCAGCCUCUUCAUUGACCGGACAAUUGUUAAAGGGUAUCACGAAAAUGUUUACACAGAAGAUGGCAAGCUUGACAUAUGGUCCAAGUCCAACUACCAGGUGUUUCAGAAGGUAACUGACCAUGCUACGACGGCCCUGCUGCAUUACCAGUUACCUCAGAUGCCAGAUGUGGUGGUCAGGUCUUUCAUGACAUGGCUAAGAAGUUACACAAAGCUCUUUCAGGCUCCCUGCCAGCGCUGCGGAAAGUUUCUACAAGAUGGUCUACCUCCCACAUGGCGGGAUUUUCGGACUCUGGAAGCCUUCCAUGACACAUGUAGACAGUAGCACACCAUGUGUAUGUGGUGGAGCAUGAGAAAUCUAGGGCGAGAGGUGUGGAGAGGUCCCCCUCUCUCUUUUCAUUCUGCUGGCUCUAAGUGUAUUUCCUCCCUUAACAGGAUCAGGUAGUACAAAAAGCGCCCUAGAGUGUUUGAUAGCAGGGAGUCCUGAUCCAUUUCCUGGCAAUGACUUUGACUUAGUUCAGCUAAACCCACAGGGGCCAAAAGGAAUGUGGUGUUACUCUCCAAGAUUGUCUUUCAAAGGUGCUCCGCUUCAAAUACUGAAGUGAUCCACUGAGAUCAGCCAAUACCUGUUGUUAUAUUUCUUAAGAAUGCUCUUAAGAAACUGUAUGUUUUGUCCAAAAAUUACUCUGCAUUCUAGUAAGUUUUUUUUGUAUGAAUAAAAGUUGAUAUUCAACUGUC